UAUAUAUUCACUGAAGCAAGAAAAUCCACUCAUUUUCAAAGGAAGGAAACUGCCUAAAGGUACAACAAAUUCUUCUGAACUGCCUAGAAAAAUAAAGCCAUGAUCCUGCUCAUUUUGUGUGCAUGCCUGGCUGCAGCGCUGCAUCAAUCUCCUGCACAGGUCUCUGACCAUUUCGCUAGUUUGAGCACCAUCAAUGAAGACCAGAAAAAGGAGAUUGUGGACACACACAAUAAGCUACGGAGAGAAGUCCAACCACCUGCUAGCAACAUGGUGAAGAUGGAGUGGAGCGAUGAUAUACGAAAGAUUGCGCAAUGGUGGGCAAACCAAUGCACAUUAGAACACAGUGCGGCAUCCGAUAGAACACUAAAUGGCACAUCCUGUGGUGAAAAUCUCUUCAUGUCAACUUCCCUCAAGAGUUGGACUGAAGCCAUUCUGAGCUGGUAUAAUGAAAGAGAUGACUUUCUGUAUGCUUCUGGAGCAAAGACGGAAGGAGCCGUGAUUGGCCAUUACACUCAGGUGGUUUGGUAUAAUUCGCAUCUAAUCGGAUGUGCUAUUGCCUUCUGUCCAGACCAAAAAUACCAGUACUACUAUGUUUGCCAGUACAGUCCUGCAGGGAACAUCAAAGGCAAGAUUGCCACCCCCUACGAAGCAGGAGAACCCUGUGGGCGCUGCCCAAAUGAUUGUGACAAGGGAUUGUGCACCAAUCCAUGCACGGAGACAAAUCUUUAUAGCAACUGCGUGAGCUUAAAGGAUCAAGUGGGAUGUGAUCAUCCUAUAAUGGAAAAGUGUAAGGCUUCUUGCAAAUGUCCCACACAAAUAAUAUAAGGCUCCUGAAUUUCUUACUUAUACCAACCAUCUCUUUGUAUUAAUAUAACAAUAUGCUUUGCUAAAUUAGACUAUUGUUAAUUUUUGAUUAUCACUGAUCCAUAGACUACUACAGGACAAAACCAUUUUAUAUGUAAAUGGUUUCUAAUAAUUUUUUUUACAUGUAAUUGUAAUUGUUUAUAGUUAUUACAAAAAUGAAUUUAACAUUAGAAUUUUCCUCUCUGUUUGAUCUGCAGUCAAACUAAUAAAGCCUUUGAGU